AAAGAAAUAGGCUGUAAAAUACGUGAUGAAAUAAGUGAAGAGAUAUCCCAAAUUAAUAUGGAAUAUAUUAAGAGGCUUAUUUACGAGAUGGAAUAGGUAAUGAAAUGUAAUAGGAUGCUUAAUAAGGGAUAUGAUAGGUGUUGUAAAAGAAGAAUGGCAUAAUAUACUUUAUUUUCUAAAGUUUUAUUUAAUUUAUGAAAUAGGGGAUAAAUAAGUGAUGAAAUCUGCAAUUAAAUAGGCAAUGAAAUAGGGGAUUGAAUCGGCGAUACAAUAGUGGAUAAAAUAGGGAAUGGAAUAAGCAAUAAUGAAAGAAGCAGUGUAAGAAAGUAAAACGUAAAAAUAGAAAUAAAAAAUUCAAAAUCAUUUUUAAAACUUUCUAUAAAAAGUCAAGAGAAUACAUUAGGGAUAAAUAGUAGACGAACAAUCAUUUUGA